CUGCCAACUACCACGAUCAUGACUGAUUCCGCGUGGAAAUCGCCGUCGUCUUUAGGCGUGAUGGUCACCACUGGGGCAGCGUUCGGUUUUGCCAUGAAUAAAGGCCAAGUACACUUGCCCAUGGUCAUCCAAAACCAAAUGUCGAUGUCUCAGUUCACCAUGAUGAAGAUGUUCCUCGCGGCACUGGGCACGUCCGUCGUGUCCAAAGCCAUCUUCCAUGCCCUACGACCAAAGGACUUCGAAGCCAUCCAGCGGAAGCGGGCGGCUGACCCGAGUCACGCGGUGGUGCUGGCUACGGGGGGCCUCCUUCUCGGCAUCGGGAUGGACAUCUCGGGCUCGUGUCCGGGCUCCGUGUAUGUGCAGCUGGGCGCCGGGAUCCCCACGGCUUUGCCGGUGUUUGGGGGGGUCUUGGCUGGCACCCUGCUCGCGACUGCACUUGCUAAACCUAUGAUUGCGCAGUGGCAAGCCAACAAACGCAGAAUCAACACAACUGUGCUCUUGUCGUGGCCUGCACACGCCCUACUUGGCGUGGUAAUUCUUGGGUCGUCCGUAGCUCUCGAGUUUGUCGCCCCGGAGCUCCCCCUUCCCAGCUCAGCUUGGCUCCCGACAUUAGCCGGAAUCGCAGUGGGUAGUCUCCAGCUGCCCCUGGUGUUCAUCCUCCACCGAUCGCUUGGGGCUACGUUGUCGUACAAGAUUCUGCUUGACAAGAUCUUCUCCCCCGUUCGAGAAGUGACGCAAUUCCUCCACCUACCUACCAUCUCGGACCUCUCCACUUUGGUGUUUGUCGUGUCCGUCGUCGCUGGGUCGGCUGUAGCCACCUCCACCCCGCCCCUCCCCAUUGGCUCGCUUCCGUCGGUGGCGGCGUCGUUAGUUGGUGGGGCGUUCAUUGGGGUAGGAUCCACAGUUGCCUGCGGGUGUACUUCUGGCCACGGACUGUCUGGAGUGGCCUUGCUCAUGAAAUCGUCGCUGAUUGUCCUGCCCUUCAUCUUUGCAGGUGGCAUUGCCACAGGCCUCGUGCGAAGCCUCCUUUUCGUGUAGCCAUAUGAUUUGAAGCUAUGUUAUUGCACAUGAAUUGCAUUGUUUUCAUUGCGUUUGAGAAUGAACUGGCGACAAUCAUAUGGCCCCCCUUCAAUCGGAAAGACCAUAUGGGCAGAGUAGGGUACACUAUAACGUUAUACCGUCCGUAUGCGUUCCUUUGUAUUUGUCGAAUUAUUCUACGGAUAUCAACCACCCAACGUGUUGUUG